AUGUCUUCCACAGAUAUGUCUCGCUUCGCGGAUCUUCCCACGAAAAUCAGACUCCAGAUCUGGCGUACCAUGGUGGACCAUGAUCUCAGUCCUCCUCGGGUGAUCAUCGGCGACAUGCAGUGGAAGCCUAGAGCCAUCGGAGCUCUCGAAGUCAAUCACGAAUCUCGUAUAGAAGCUUUUCGUCGUCGUUCGGAUCUGAAAUCGUUUUUGUGUUACCAAACGCAUGGCUUCCGGCCUCCUGGCCCUUGUCAUCCUAGUAAGGUCUGGUUUAGCCCGGAAGCUGAUGUCUUUGUCAUUGAGCCCGUCCAUGGUUUUACACUAGGCGCGUGGCAUAUCUCCAAGCUCAAAUCUUCGGUCCAAACCAUUGCUAUUCCACAAUCAAAAUUCGGCAUAGGCGACAUUGAUCGGUGUUAUGGACAACAUCUUUCAGACUUGAGAGUCGCCAGCAAGUUCACGAGUGUAAAAACCUUGGUAAUUCUUCGGGAUGACCCGACACAAAAAGUAAUACCUCAUUUAGACAUUUUAAGCCCCGCCAUCCGCUCAGCUUGUGAUGAUAUCAGAGUCUCGAUCGAACUAAUUCCACUCUCAGAGGGGGAGAAGCAAGCAUUUGGAUUUGGUCUCCAGUGGUGUAAUACUUUCGUCCCUCCUAUUCGACAAAAGAAGGGUCCGAAAUGGCAAGUGCCUGCGAUGAAAUGGGGAUGUUUGGUUCGACACUGA